ACACUAACUGGCCACUAGGGCGGCGCUGUGGCCUCCAGCAGAUCACGCACUGACCGCCGCUGCCUUAACGAAGAAGGGAAAGGCGACGGAAACACACCUGAAGCUCACGGUUUGUGGGUAGCUAAUAAACACAGCUCUGUGUUAUUAUGCUUUAUUUGAAAUAGUUUUACAUCCCUAAAACCUUCUAUUGAAUGCGACUUUGGCUUUUGUCAUUACGUGUUUCCGCGGCUGGUGUCUUCAGUGACUCCAGGUAGCUUUAGCUUCCUCGGUGGCUAACGCUGGCUAAAAGAUAGCUCGCUAACGUCAACAACCAGACGAUUUCAGAGAUGAAUCUGGCCACAAGCAGGAGUCUGCACCCGCACAUGCGCGACGAAGAGGCUCUGGUGGUGGAAAACGCCAUCCGGCUGGCGGUGGACUCCAUCGUAAACGUGCUGUACGGCGUAAACAGCGCCAGGAGUCGGGAGUACCAGCGGAUGGUGGCCGACAGGGACAAAGAGAUCCAGCGGCUGGAGUGCAGGCUGACGGAGAUCGAGGACGAGCUGCAGGCGCUGCGACCGCACGGAUGCACCUGCAGGCUGGGCCCGGGCACGGGCACGGGCACAUCCCGGAGCUCCGGGGACCACCGGCUCACCGGAGGGGAGCAGGGCGGGUUUGAACCGGGAGGCACCGACAAUGAGUUGAUGGCAUCGGGGCAGCAGGAGUGUGAGAUGAGCAUUUCAUUGGGCCUUUUUGCGAGACCCGCCUCUCACCUGUCCUCCCAAAGCCACGAGUCGGCUCUUCCGUCGUCCCCCAGCAGAAUGGGCCUGGACCAGACCAGCAGCACCUCGCGCUCCUCGGAGGCUUCGUGUGUGACAGAGGCCGCCAGGAAUAUGCCUACGUCUCCCAGCGGCCUCGUGGUCAAAGAAGAGCCGUGUGACGUGGACUUAAUCAAGUGGGAGAUGAGCGAGGAGAGAGCGGCAGAGCAUCAGGACAGCGGCAGCAGUCCACGUCAGGACAGAGACGGUGCCAGUGGAAAAAAAACGCUGGUGAACCGAGAGGGAAACCGGCUCAUGGAGAACCCUCAAAUCGACCCUUUGAGAUUCAUAAUGGUUGACGAACACCUGAGGUGA